AUGUUGUUCGGCCCGCUUGGGACCUUCCUCAGAACCGGGCAGCCGACCUCGGCGCUCACUGGCGGCGGCGGCGGCGGGUCGCUGGUCGCGGGGUUGGGUCCAGUGGGAACCUUCCGCAGAACCGGGGAGUCGACGCCGGGGCUCGUGGACACUGGCGGCGGCGGCGGCGGCGGCGGCGGGUCGCUUGUCGCGGGGUUGGGUCCAGUGGGAACCUUCCGCAGCACCGGGGAGCAGGGUUUUCUUACCGUAAAAAAACCGGACCCCGCCGAGAAACAGGAUUUUCGGUUUUCUCGGAAAAUUCUCGCCGAGAAAUUUUUCCUUGCCGGGGAGUCGACGCCGGGGCUCGUGGACACUGGCGGCGGCGGGGGCGGGUCGCUGGUUGCGGGGUUUGGUCCAGUGGGAACCUUCCGCAGCACUGGGGAGUCGACGCCGGGGCUCGUGGACACUGGCGGCGGCGGCGGCGGCGGGUCGCUGGUCUCAGGGUUGGGUCCAGUGGGAACCUUCCGCAGCACCGAGAAGUCCUCCGAGCUCGAGCGGCGCGCGGCCGACGCCGUGGAAGAGAGCAUCGCCAACGGCAGCAGGAGGAGAAGUGGCAGCAGCGCCAUCGCGGCGUUCUUGUGCCCCGCCAUCGCUAGCUACUGGAGGUUCUUGUGCUUGUGA